UGCAGUAAUCGUGAAAAAGUGCUGAAAUCGCAAACCAUUAUUGAAUAAAAAGUGAUAUAUUCAACGAAUAUAGGCGCGUAGUGCGUGUUGGUGUUAAUAUUUGCUAGUGAUUUUGUAAGUUGCCCCUGGGGAAGACAAUUCAUCCAUCGUUAUCGAUCGCCGCACCCAAACUAAACACAAAAAUGCUGUCUGCUGCUAGAUUGAUCGCCCCUGCAGCCAGGUCUGCUAUCUUCAGCAACACAGCUCUUGUGAGGCCACUCGCAGCAGUCCCCACACAUGCACAGCUUGUGCCCGCUGCCCCAGCUCAGCUGUCAGCUGUGCGCUCUUUCCAAACCACAUCCGUCACAAAAGACAUUGACUCUGCUGCGAAAUUCAUCGGUGCUGGUGCGGCGACAGUAGGAGUAGCUGGCUCUGGUGCUGGUAUUGGAACAGUGUUCGGUUCCCUCAUCAUCGGUUAUGCCAGGAACCCAUCCCUGAAGCAGCAGCUGUUCUCAUACGCCAUCUUGGGUUUCGCCCUGUCUGAGGCUAUGGGUCUCUUCUGUCUUAUGAUGGCCUUCUUGCUGCUCUUCGCUUUCUAAACCAAUUACUUUUAAGAACACUACUACUGCCAUCCUAAAGAGGUUUCAGUGUAUAAAAUCUGGAGUGCACGGCCAAGGAAUAGAAUGUGUGAAACCUCACCCUCAUAGUGGUGUAAGGACAUUAUUAUGUGUAAAUGUGUUACACACCAGUGUGUCAUCAGGAAUGCAAUUUAUUUAAUUAUGUAGUAUAAAAAUCUGCAAAUAAAACGUUGUACGUAAA